AUGGCGCGCGUACCUCUCCUUGUUAUUUGGCUCGUUUGUAUUUGCGGUGUUAUAUGUCAAAGGAAGCCUAUCAAGGAAGCGCUAUACCUAAACACCGAUGCUUUCAGCAAUGCAACGUUGGAAGACUGCGUAUGGCGUCGUGAGCGGGAACCAUGUCCUGACCCCAAUGUGACACUUAAUUUAUACACGGAGGCGGAACCCUAUAAGAAACAGGUAGACCUAUUUAGCGAGGACUGGCUCCGUCAGAGCAGCUGGGAGCCAUCACAUGAAACUAUACUAUUAAUCCACGGCUAUGCGGGUGGAGACGACACACUUCCGAUCAUCGUGCUGCGAGAUGCGUAUCUCCGUCGCGGUGGAUACAACGUGUUCAUGUUAGACUGGGGUCAGCUCUGCCAGCCGCUGUGCUAUGUCGCGGCCGUACACAACCUGCGUCCGGUCGCGCGGUGCAUCGCUGAAGCACUAGGCUCCUUGAGGAAGGCUGGCUUACGACCUGAUAGACUUACGUGUGUGGGGCACUCGCUUGGCGCUCACAUGUGCGGUAUCAUGGCUAACUAUUUGAACUUCAGGCUGAAUAGGAUUAUUGGUCUAGACCCAGCUCGACCUCUCAUCAGGUCCGCGCCGGCUCUGCGUCUAGACCCGGGGGACGCGCGCGCGGUGCACGUGCUGCACACCAACGCGGGCCGCUACGGCGAGGGCGCGAGGUUGGGACACGCGGACUUCUGUCUCAACGGUGGGAGGAGUCAGCCGUAUUGUGAAGAUACGCCGAAUGAAGCCCUGUGCAGCCACGUGUGGGCCAUUUGCUACCAAGCAGAGAGCCUGUUCCGCGCGCGCGAGGCGGCGCCGUGCGGGCGGCGCUGCUCCGUGCGCGUGCCGCCCGCGCGCGCCGCCGCGCUGCCCGUGCCGCUGGGCCAGCCAGCGCCCAUGACCGCAUCCGGCGCCUACUGCUUAGAAGACUACACGGCUCCCUUCUGUCCAGCGACGACUGGGCUCGCAGAAGGCGACGAGAGGUGUUGCCUUGACAAGCAGUACGCCGCCGCCGCGACCAUCACCAAGGCGCCGCGCACGCGCCCGCGGCCGGUCGUGAGACUGCGCGCGAGGAUCAAAACGGAAUAUGAUAACAAUCUAGAUCAUUUC